AUGGAGGCGCCACCGCCCCUGGGAAGGCCUUUGUGGGUGCCGCCGCUCCUUGAAUGGCCCUAUGGGGAGCCACCGCACCUGGGAGGGCCCCUAGAGGCACCACCGGCACUGAAAGAGCCUCUGGGUGCGCUGCCACACCUAAGGAAGGCACCUGGGGGCGCCGUUGCCCUUGAGAGGCCAUUGGGGGCGCUGCCGCUAUUGAAACGGCCCCUCGAGAGCGCUGCUGCCCCUGUGAGUUCCCCUAGGGGUGCCUCUGCAUCUGGGAGGGCCCUUGAGGGCGCCACCGUUCUUGGGAGCGCCUCUGGGGUGCCACCGCCCGUGGAAGGGCCUCUGGGGGAGCCGCCGUUCUUGGGAUGGCCGCCACAUCUAGUACAGCAGCCCACUAGUAUAGAAGCCUACUAA